AAUAAGAACUUUCAACCCAAGAAUACAGAUAAGUGCCUUGACAAAGAACUGAUAAAAGCGAACAUUUUGUUUCCAUUAAGAUUAUAUUGAGCUUUGAGGUUAAAAUCACAUUUUUGUAAGUGUCAUAUUAGAAAACAAAGUCAGAUAUGUCAAUAUUUCCUCCACUAAAUACGUAUAUUGAAUUGCGAGGCAUUUUAAAAUAUAAAUUAAUUCUGUAAUAUCUGAUCCAACUGAUAUUAUCAAGAAAAUUCUAUAUUUAUCAUGAGCAAAUAUUUAUGUUGUUUUAUAUACUUUUGUAAAAUUUGUAAAUAGAAAAAUAUUUUUACAGUGAAAAUGAAAGCCGGCUUGUCGAAUACAAAGGCUGAAGUUCAUGUCGUUACUGGGGGCGCAGGAUAUCUAGGACAAAAACUUGGACUUAAGUUAGCUGAAGAGGGAAUUGUAGUACGACUUUUUGACAUAAGGCCACCUAAAAAUCUUUCAAAUUUACCUAAAACUAUAAAGUUUUAUGAAGGUAAUAUUUUGGACGAAGCAGCUCUUUCAGAUGUCCUCCGAGAAGCUGACUGUGUUCAUCAUGUAGCUUCUUAUGGAAUGUCUGGACGGGAAAUGUUAAACAAAGAACUCAUUAGGCGUGUUAAUGUCAAUGGAACACGUCUUCUAAUAAAAAUUUGUAAAAGUCUAAAUGUUUCCAGAUUAAUAUAUACCAGCACCUACAAUGUCAUCUUUGGUGGUCAAGAAAUUAAAAAUGGUAAUGAAACUUUACCUUAUUGGCCUGUAGAAAAGCAUACAGAUGAGUACUCUCGAACAAAGUGUCUUGCUGAGCAACUUGUCUUGGAGUCUAAUUCACCAAGUUUCAAAACUUGUGCUUUGCGUCUGGCUGCGAUAUACGGACCUGGAGAAGAGCGUCAUUUCCCCCGCAUAAUUAAGUAUAUGGAACAAGGCUUAUUUGCUUUUACUUAUGGAGAUGCAAUCGUUGAUUUUGUUCAUGUAGACAAUGUUGUCAACUGUCAUAUUUUGUCAUCAUCAAGUUUAAAGAACGGAAAAGCCGCUGGGCAAUCAUAUUUCGUUUCAGAUGGAGCCCCAAUAAAAAAUUGGGACUUUAUGAAGCCUUUCGUUGAAGGUCUUGGUUAUAAGUAUCCAAAUCUUAAAAUUCCUACUAAAUUUAUUUUUUACAUUGCAUUUGUGAUCGAGAUUCUUUACCUAUGUUUUUCAUCCAUCUAUAAUUUUCAACCCUUACUGACCAGGGCUGAGGUGUAUAAAACUGGUGUUUCCCAUUAUUUUAGCAUAGAGAAGGCCAAGCGCGAUCUCAACUAUCAACCCGUUAGACAGAACGAUGUCCAAUCUAUGGCUGAAUGGUUUAAGAGCAGAGGAUAUUAUAGGAAAAAGCAAAAAAGCCAUAUAGGAUAUUAUAUUAUGUUGUGCAUAAUGAUUAUUUUAUUUUUGUCUAUGAUGCCUGUCGCUUAUUAA